UAUAAGCCACCUUAGGGGUGACACAUGUCAUCCCCUAAGUGGUGACACAUGUCAAGCCCUUAGUGGGCCAACACAUCACCUCCUCCACUUAGGGGCUGCCACAUGGCAUGUGGGGGAGGCCCACCCCUUACUUCAGCUGCUACCACAUGGCACUUCCAGCUACUUCCACAUGGCACUCCCUCUUGUUGCCAUGUGUCACCUUCUUUUCUUCUUCUUUGGUUUGUAAUCUCGUCUUACUUUAUGAACUUAUGUAAUUCUUGCUACGUAAGAUUGGUAUGAACUCAAGUAGCUUAAGAAUGUAAGAUUUUUAAGUUGGUAGCUUACGUAAGUAAGUCGAGUCCUACGACUCAUUACUUGUCCUCCAACUUUUUCCGAAUUCUUAUAACCAUAUUUCAAAUCUUCCCUACUAUAGGGUAUCAUAUUCUCCUUUUCUUAGAGUUAUUUGGUAGCGUUAUAGAUUAUCUGGCUCACAUGGUGACUUUUAAGAAGCUUAAGAACCUUUCAAGAAACUUAAGAGCCUAUCAAGAAACUUAAGAAGCUUAAGAACCUUCCAAGGUACAAAAGUACGGGGUAUAACACAAAUAUGCAGGAAAAUUAGGUGGAGAUGAGGAAUAUCUUGAAAGCUCUAAUUGUUGGAGUGAUGAUAGUGAGGAAAAACUUGAUGUGGAUGCUGUUAGGAGGGUAGAUAUACCUUCUAGAAGGAGAAGCAAAAAAGUAAGAUAUGAUGAAGAUUGUGAGGUGUCAAUAUUUGAGCUUGGGAUGGUCUUUGAGGGUGUAAAUCAGUUUAGGAAGGCAGUUUCAGAUUAUGCUGUAGAGUACAUGAGGCAGUUAAAGUUGAGACCUAAUGAAAGGCAUAGAGUGAGGGGUAAAGUGCAAAAAUUACUAGUGUAAGUGGCUGUUAUAUGCUUCUAUUGACAGGGAUUCAGGUGAUUUCAUUGUAAAGAACUAUCAUCUUGUUCACAAGUGUAUUCCAUUAAACUAGAACAAGUUGUGUAAUUCAAAGUUGAUAGCAAGAAAAUUUUAGAAUAGAAUUGUUUCUCAACCUUAUAUAAGAAUUCGAGAAAUUCAUGAUUUGGUAAGAAAUUAGUUGGGUCUUUAUGUUGGUAAAGAUAGUGUGUUACAGGGCUAAACAGAGGAUUAUGAAGUAAAAUAUGGUUGAUUGAAAUCUGAAAUAUGCCAGAUUAUGUGACUAUGCAGACAUGAUCAAGCAAACCAAUCUUGAAAUCUCUUGUUGGGUAAAAAUUGAUACGGAAACUGAACCAGGAAAGAAUCUUUUUAUUUAUUUUUAUAUGUACUUUCAUGCAUUUAAGAAAGGAUGGUUGGAGGGGUGUAGGAAUAUAAUUGAUUUUUAGGGUUAUUUUCUCAAUGGACCUUAUAAAGGUGAGUUAUUAGUUGCUAUUGGAAAGAAUGGGAACAAUCAAAUGUAUCCCAUUGCUUGGACAGAUGUGGAUGCAGAAACGAAACAUAAUUGGAGUUGGUUCAUAAGGUAUUUGAUUGUUGAUCUGAAUUUAGGAACUGGUGAAGGUUUGACUGUAAUGUCAGACAUGCAAAAGGGACUUGUUCAUGUCUUGAUGGAGUUGUUAUCAAAUGCUGAGCAAAGAAUGUAUGCUAGACAUAUAUGGAGUAACUGGCAUGUGAAUUGAAAAGGAGAAGAAAGAAGAAAACAAUUCUAGAGAUGCUCAAAGUCUAGCUUUGAAGUCAAGUUUAGAGAGGAAGUUCAUGCCAUAUCUAAACUAGGUAGAGCACUGGUAUAGGGAAGAAACAUUUCUCAAGGCUUACAACUAUUUCAUCCAACCUAUUCCUAAUAUGAGGAUGUGGCCUAAUACUACAAAUCCAUCAAUAGAGCCUUCAAAAUCAAGAAAAAUGCCAGGCAAACCUAGAAAGAACAGAAGAAAGAGAAAAGAUGAGCCAAAGAAAUUUGAUAAAAUUUCAAAAAAAAAGUAGUGAAGAUGACCUGUUCCAUAUGCAAGAAAUUGGGCCAUAACAGAUCUGUCUGUGCAGCAAGAUAUGGCAAUGAGAGCACUUUUCAACCAAGUUCUGUCUGUGGUGACACCACAGCUCCACCAAAAAAUACUCAAAUAGAAUCUAGAAGGGGAGGUCCUUCACACUCUACUUCUAGAAUCAUAUAUGCAAAUACACAAACUUUUCAAUCAAGUUCUGUCUGUGGUGACACCACAGCUCCACCAAAAGACACUCAAACAGGAGUAAGACAUAUUCAUUUAUAUUUAACUGUCUUUUAUUGUACAAUUAUUCAUUCAUAUAUCUUUAUUUAUGUUGUAUGGUCUAAACUGGGAUGUCCUUCAAAAUCUACUUCCAACCCAACUUAUGCAAAUACACAAUCAAGUCAACCAAGCUCUGUUUGUGGUGACACAACAGUUGUACCAAGAGCUUCUCAAAAAAAUGUGCAAGUUGAGUUAGGAAGAGGAUUGGGGAGAAAAAAAGCUAAUACAAGAGGUGCCCCAUUUGUUAGUGAGAGAGAUGAUUCUUCUAGUCACAAGAGACCAUACAGUUCUUCCUUAUUUGUUGUUGUUACUGGAGGAAACAAAAGGCCUACAACUAUUUUUGGUGUCUACUCUAAUCCUACAACUGGGACUCAAGUGCUUAAUCCUGGGACAUCAAGUAAGAGGGUUCUAGCCAACAAAUUUGAAGAGUACUUCACCAAUCAAUAUAGAUAUUGAUUUUAAAACACGUGGCCAAAAAUGGAAUGGAAAAAAUGUUGUCAGCACCUCACAGUUGCAACAAAUGAGAGCAAACAACAAAAACAAAUCUUCUUCAUCAGUUGGAACCUCCAAGAAGUGGUUUAUCCGAAAAGCUAUUAUGAUUUUGGGCUAUGUUAAAAGGAAUGUUAAAAAAGGUCUUUGAACAAUUUACUCUUACUUUAGUUUAUUUUUGAACAACUUAUGUUAUGUAUUUCUGAACAACUAGUGUCAUGUAUUUUGAACAACUUGUGUUUAGGAAGGCAGUGCCUUUAUGAUUUGUUGCAUCUGUGGUUUUGAACUUAAAUUUGAAAUAUAUGCAACAGUGUGUUUGAAUAAUUUGUGUUAAAGUAGCAGUGUGUUAUGGCAGCAAUGUCCUUCCUUUCUUCAA